AACAAACCGGGUUUCCGUAUGGACGGGACAGAGCUGUUAGCAUUAGCUUUAGCUUUACUGAAGUUUAACCUCAGAAUUUGGUCUCAGCCACGGGAUUAAAAAUGUCCUCCGUUCAGCUUCCGGUCAUCGAACCUGUGGCAGCUGCUGAAGAGGAGGAUGAGGAUGAAGAUGAUACCGGAGAGAUGGACCGUGAGCGCAGGCGCAGACUGCUGGCUAUCAUCUGGAAGGCCGACAGAAAGCUGCGUGGGACAGACCUCCAACAGCAACACGAAGAAGAACGAGAGCCUCCCCAGGUCAAAGAGGAAGACGGGGAACUCGGCACCGGUCAGCAUGAAGCCGAGACUGAACCUAUCAAAGAGGAAGAGGAGGAAUUCUGCAUCGAUCAGGAGGAAGAGCAGCUUGUACUGAAGAGUCAUGGCGACACUGUCACCAGCAUGAAGUCCGCACAGUGCGACCUUCACGGAAAAGUGUUCAAGACCGAGUCCCAAAUGAAGGACGACCGCACGAGCAAAAAAUCACACGCCUGCAAAACUUGUGGAAAAGGUUUCAGCAGCAACUUUCACCUGAUAACACACAUACGAACCCACACAGGUGAGAAGCCUUUUGCUUGUAAGACCUGCGGUAAACGUUUCGGUCGUAAGUUUGAUGUGAAAGCCCACAUGAGAAGCCACACAGGUGAGAAGCCUUACACCUGUGAAAUGUGCGGGAAAAGUUUUAAGCGGAACUAUCGACUGACGGUCCACAUGAGAAGCCACACAGGCGAGAAGCCUUUUGCCUGUGAAUUUUGCCGGAAAGGUUUCAGCUGUAACUCAAACCUGAAAAUCCACCUGAGAAUCCACACGGGUCAAAAGCCUCAUGUCUGUGAAACCUGUGGGAAAAGUUUUAAUCGUAGUGGUCAGCUGAAAAUCCACCUGAGAAACCACACAGGUGAGAAGCCGUACUCCUGCAGACUCUGUGGAAAAUGUUUCAGUAGCAGCUCUUCACUGAUAGGCCACACGAGAACCCACACAGGUGAGAAGCCUCACUCCUGUAACACCUGUGGGAAAAGUUUCUGGCAAGCAGUAACUCUGAAAAUCCACACGAGGAGCCACACAGGUGAGAAGCCGUAUUCGUGCCAAACCUGUGGAAAAGGUUUCAGCAGCUGUGACUCGCUGACAGUCCACAUGAGAACCCACACAGGUGAGAAGCCUUACCCCUGCAACACCUGUGGGAAAAGAUUCAGGCAGUCCUCUGCACUUAAAAGGCACGUGCAAACUCACAAAGGUGAAAGGUCGUACUCGUGCGAAACGUGUGGGAAAAGCUUCACAAAGAGUGUCAGUUUGCUCCUGCACAGGAGGACCCACAAAGAUAAGAAGUGUUACACCUGCAGCACCUGUGAGGAAAGGUUUACUUGCCCAUUAGAGUUGGAUAAUCACACGAGAACUCACACAGGUAAGAAGCUGUAUUACUGUGAAACGUGUGGAAAAUGUUUCACCCACAGUUCUUCUUUGACCGACCACCUGAGGACGCACACAGGUGAGAAGCCAUAUGCUUGUGACACCUGUGCGAGACGCUUUAGCAGUCGCGCUUACCUGAAAGUCCACAUGAGAACUCACACAGGUGAGAAGCCGUAUUCUUGCAAAACAUGCGGGAAAGGUUUCAGAAGUUGUACUCACCUGAUAGCCCACAUGAGAAUCCACACAGGUGAGAAGCCUUACACCUGCAACGUGUGCAGGAAAAGAUUUAGCCGCUCAUCGGGACUGAAAAAUCACAUGAUGACUCACACAGGUGAGAGCGCGUAUUCUUGCGAAAGGUGUGGAAAAAAUUUCUCUAGUUGUCCUCCUCUGAUAGUCCACAUGAGAACCCACACAGGUGAGAAGCCGUACUCCUGCAAAACCUGUGGAAAAGACUUCAGCAGCAGCUCUCACCUGAAAAAACACCUGAUAGUUCACACGGGUGAGAAGCCGUAUGCUUGUGAACUGUGUAGUAAAAGUUUUAGUAGUAGCUCUUACCUGAAGGUCCACGUGAGAAGCCACACAGGUGAGAAGCCGUAUUCAUGCAAAACGUGUGGCAAAGGCUUCAGCAGCAAGCCGCCGCUCAUAGUCCACCUGAGAACUCACACAGGUGAGAAGCCUUACUCCUGCCACACCUGUGGGCAAAGAUUUACUUAUGCAACAGUGUGGAAAAAUCACAUGAGAGGUCACAACUCACAGACAGCCUCUUCCUCAUGAGAGAGGCGGUGAGGAGGCGCUGACGCAGGGAUUUGGUUUCAGCCUCGUCAGCAAAUAGAAAACAUGGUUUUACUGAGUCAGAGCACCAACACCACCCGCCUCUGAGGAGGCUCCAGGUCCUCGUCUGUCAUCGCUGUCAUGACGCUGCAGUUCAUGAACAUGAUUUGUAUGUUUUAUUGUUCUGUGAUUUCUUUAUACUGUAAAUAAACUGCAUGAUGUGAAGGUUUCUAUAAAUAAAGAC